AAACAACAUAAAAAGUAAAAUUUUGUUCACACAAUUCAGAUUUGGCGGAGCUAGGUUAAGGUUGCUUUGUCGCUGUGUUUUAGAGGAAGAAGAAGCGAGAGCUUUCAAAGAAACCUACAAUGGCAAAGCGCGAACUUUCAAGCGUAUUGAAGAACUUGAAGUUCAUGCAAAGAGCAGCUGCAAGAGAGGAGAAACCUGAGAAAGUAGAAGAAGAGGUUAAACAUGAUGCAAGUUUUGGUUCAACCCCAACUGUUUCUAGAAAAUGUGUGGUCAUAGUGGAAGGUGAUCCUCGUCCUGGAGCAUUUAAAGGUCGAAUGUCAUUUCAAAGUUUUAAUCCAACUGUUGAUAAAUUAAAUGAGGAAGAAGUAAGACUUAAUCAGCCUGUAGCCAAAACUACCAUUUCUAGUAAUCAAAAUGCUAAUGUGUCUGUUAGAGAAAAUACCUCUUCAGCUGAAGGUACAGAUAGUGCUAACAAGAACAAAAACAGUAACGAGGUUAAUGGAAAUGGUAAAAGGAUACAGAGUGAAGGUAAUGAAGCACAAUAUCCUAACAAAUCACCCAAGAAUGAUCAGGGGAACAAACACUCAUCGACCAGCAGUAGUUUGGGCUCUUUCAAAAAACCGCCGUCUGGAGAUAAGCUAAACUGGAAUGUUCUUAGAUCAUCUAGCGUCAAGCAAAAUAGAUGAGUUUGUUGAUUAAUGUAUUUCAUAGAAAUUAAGCUAGGUUUGGUUUUGUUUCAAGCCCUGAGUUUUUAUGUUUGUAUUUGUGGUUCUAUUAGGCUGUUUUCUGUGAGAUUUGACUUCUCUAAAGUGAGUAAUGUAAUUUAAAAGGUAAAGUGUAAGGUUUGAAGCAUUGAUUUCAAAUGAGAUUUUGAAAAAUACUUAUAGAUGUAUGACAAACUAUGGAGAUGUACAAUCUCAUUCGAUAACUUUUCAAUCGAUAAUUGUAAUGUUACAUUAUCAUUUAAAAUAACAUUAUUCAUGUUAGAGAAGUCAAAUCUGUUUAUUGGUUAUAAUCACAUCCACAGGUUUGUAAGAUUUAGGGUUUACCAAAUUUAGUUACAAUACUUUUUAUAUGGCUAAAAGCCUUGUCAGUGUGUUUAUUUUAGUAUCAUUAUGUUAUAUUUAAAGAUAUUGUUUGGCUUAUUAUAAAAAAAAAAUAAAAAUAAAGAUAUUGUUUGGCUUUAUAGAAA